CGUCCCAUAAUUCCGCCUUCAUCACAAACAACAUGGCAGCGUCCUUCAGUGUGUGACUGUCUCUGAGUUUAGCGAGCUGUGUGAGCUUCAUACAGCAGUUCACACAGGGUUAACUGUGAUGACUGAGUUCUGACAGCCUUUAGUUUUUAAUCCGGAUACUUUAACAGCGUUGAUAUUCCCUCCUUCUGCACUUUAUCGCCGAAAUGUCAGGGUUGGUGGACGGUGCUUGGAGUUACACUGAGGGAUGGCUUUGGAUGGUGUGGCAGAGCCGGCUGUACGUCUACACUGCUGCAGCUGUUCUGUUGGGACUAUGGCUUACAGUAAACAUGACCCUGAAAAAGAAAAAGACGGUCCUCACUUCGAGCCCCCCGCUCAGCAAAUCUGAGAAAAAGAAGGAAAAGCUUCCUGAAAAAGAGAAAGUUAUCCAUGUUGAAGGUGUAAGGAUCUUUUAUGGGUCACAGACUGGUACUGCGAAGGGCUUUGCCAGAGAGCUUGCAGACGAUGCCCGAGCCGCUGGAUUCCAUUCAGAGGUUUUUGAUAUGAAAGAUUAUGAUCCAGAUGACCGGUUGUCAGAUGAGUGCACAAGCAAAAUGAUUUGUGUGUUUCUCGUGGCCACGUAUACUGAUGGAAAACCCACAGAGAACGCUGAGUGGUUCUGUAAAUGGCUCGAAGAGGCAUCCACAGACUUCCGAUACGGCAAAACCUACCUGAAAGGAAUGAGAUACGCAGUCUUUGGGCUUGGGAACUCUGAGUAUGUUGGCCAUUACAAUACGGUGGGUAAAAACGUGGAUAAGUGGCUGUGGGCUCUCAGCGCCAGUCGGGUCCUGAGCCGGGGAGAGGGCGACUGCAACGUGGUGAAAAGCCGUAACGGCAGCGUCCAGGCCGACUUCCAGGCCUGGAAGGCAAAGUUCCUGACCCGCCUGCAGGCCCUGGCCAGGGGAGAGAAGAAGGCGUGCAGCGGAAAGUGCAAGAAAAGCUCCUGCAAGAACAAGAAGGAGCACCAGCAGGAAGCUGUGGAUGAACACCAAGAAAAGCACAGUUCAGAGGAACUGUUCGAGUCUAGCAGUGAUUCAGAGUCUGCUGGCGAGGAGGAGAAGGCUCAUGGCUCGGUCAUCGACAUGGAGGAUCUCGGAAACGUCAUGAACCACAUGAAGAAAGCCAAGAAGCAGAGCGAGGAGGAGUCUCAGAGGGGAAAGCUGUCCAAACUGAAUGGAGUGAUGAAGACUGAGGGAGAGGAGGAGGCAAGGGAGAUGAUCACCCCUGCACUGAGAGAAGCACUUACCAAACAAGGAUACAAAUUAAUUGGAAGUCACUCUGGAGUGAAGCUUUGUCGCUGGACCAAGUCAAUGCUGAGAGGCAGAGGAGGAUGCUAUAAGCAUACGUUCUAUGGGAUAGAGUCUCAUCGCUGUAUGGAGACCACGCCAAGUUUGGCCUGUGCCAACAAGUGUGUUUUCUGCUGGAGACACCACACAAACCCGGUGGGCACCGAGUGGCGCUGGAAGAUGGACCCGGCUGAGAAGAUCCUACAGGAGGCAGUGGAGAACCACCAGAACAUGAUCCGUCAGUUCAGAGGUGUGCCGGGUGUACGUCCUGAGCGUUUUGAAGAAGGCCUGACUGUGAAACACUGUGCUCUGUCUCUGGUGGGUGAGCCCAUCAUGUACCCAGAGAUCAACGCCUUCCUGCGCCUCCUCCACCAGCGCCACAUCUCCAGUUUCCUGGUUACCAAUGCACAGUUUCCUGAGGAGAUCAGGAGCCUGGUGCCAGUUACCCAGCUGUACGUCAGUGUAGAUGCCAGCACUAAAGACAGUCUGAAGAAAAUUGACCGUCCGCUCUUUAAAGAUUUCUGGCAGAGAUUCCUGGACAGUCUGAGGGCCCUCGGUGAGAAGCAGCAGCGCACAGUGUACCGGCUGACCCUGGUGAAGGCUUGGAAUGUGGAUGAGCUGAAGGCCUAUUCUGAACUCAUAGCUCUAGGCCAGCCUGACUUCAUAGAGGUCAAGGGAGUGACCUACUGUGGAGAAAGCUCCGCCAGCAGUCUGACCAUGGCUAACGUGCCCUGGCACGAGGAGGUCAUUCACUUUGUGCAGCAACUGGAAAACCUGCUUCCGGACUACGAGAUAGCCUGUGAGCACGAGCACUCCAACUGCCUGCUCCUCGCCCACCACAAGUUUAAGGUGGAAGGCGAGUGGUGGACGUGGAUAGACUAUGAGCGUUUUCAGGAACUGAUCCAGCGGUACGAGGACAGCGGAGGCGCUGAGACCUUCUCGGCUCUGGACUACGUGGCCAAGACUCCGAGCUGGGCCUUGUUCGGGGGAAGAGAACGAGGCUUCGACCCUUCAGACACACGUUUCCAGAGGAAGAACAAGACCAAAGAUAUCUCAGGGUGCUGAUGGACAGUGUUCUCCUGCAGUUGUACCAUCACUUUUUGAUGUCUGUAUUAGAUCUUUUAUCUUGGUGUUGAGGACAUGUCUCAGAUUAUUGUGCCUCUAGGUUUUUUUUCUUGGAUCAUUUCUUUCUUCUCCGUGUUCAUUUCAAGAGACCAGGUCAGUCUAGAUCAGUGUUUCAUAUAACUUAUAAAGCAGCGUACCACCUACGAUCAAACCAACACAUUUAAGUGUUAACCACCUACUAAAGCUAUACUGUGUGGGCCUUACCCACUUUUACCCUCCCACAAUCUAAAAAAUAUUGAUUAUUGUUUAUUUUAAAUGCAGUUUUCCUACUGAGACAAAAUAUAAAACAACCUAAAGUUAUUAUAUUUUGUUCCCAUUUACAGUAUGUACAGUGUGUAAAAAACAGAUACUGCUGAAAAACGUAAAACAUUUACCACCAUAAGGAGCCUGUCAGUGUUUACAUUUAGUAACAAAUGAUCACUUUGACUUUUUUGAGGUUAAUCUGUCAAAGAGAAAUUGUCAGCAUUUUAAAGGCAAAUCAUUUUAGGCAUGUUUCAUUAACACAAUCAAUUUAAUGCUAUCUUUCUUAAACAACACUUUAAAACUAUUCUUUUUUUGUAAUUACAUUUCCAAAUCUCUCUAUAGUAUCAAGGUCAUUUAAUAAAAUAACCAGAAUCACUGCAGCAGGUGCCGGAGUGUGCAAGGUACAGUAUGUAAAGUGCAGACACUGCUGAAAAACGUAAAACAUUUAGGAACCUGUCGGAGUUUACAGUUUGUAAAUAAUGAUCACUUCGACUUUUUUAGGCAUCUUUAAUCAAUUAAAUGUAACAAUAUUUAGUCAUUCGCAUCGUAACAGCUUAUAAUUAUACAUUUUUGUAAUUAAAAGUUUCUGCAAAUGAUUGAUUAUUUUUUGCUGUAAAUGCAGUAUACCUACUAAUACAUGCAAUAAAGCUUGAGAGAAUAGGGAGUAGUAAUGGCAUCCCCUUAAAUUCUAGACUAAUUAUUGUGCUAUUAUCGUAUUUUUCACACUGUAAGAUGCACCUGAUUUUAAGGCGCACUAUCAAUAAAUGUCCAUUUUCUGGUCUAUUUUCAUACCGGAUUAUAAGGCGUAUUUUGUGUGACACUAGUAAAUACUAGUAGGAACAGGGGUGUCGUCAAGUUUUCCUUCUAAUUCAGCAGGUAAGCUAAGCUAAGUUAUGAAACGAAACUGUAAUUCUUAAAAAAAAAAAAAAAAACACAUUUCAGAUGAGUCAGACAAGUCAGUGCUGGAUGUUAAUCUACACAGAUUUCUCUCCUAAAAAAAAAAAUUGGGUGAGUAAAGUGCUUCCGUUUAUUUACAGUAAGCUUAGAUUCCCAGAUUUCCACUAAAGCUGCACCAUAAGCAUUAGCGGAUAACCACUAGUGGUUAGUGGCUAAUGUUGCCCAAAAGCGCUACACUGAGGAGCCCUGAGUGUUCCAUUAAACCAGGGUGAUAUUAGCUAGCAGUUCAUCCUAGGGACCUUGUUUUAACAUAGUAAACGCACAGGCUACAGUCCGAUAGUACUCCCCUCUGAAUGACGAAAGAGCUAGCGCUGCGGUUAGCAGUAAUGCUAAUGCUGUUUCAGCAAUGCUAGCCAGGAUUACUGCGGUUAGCAGCUAAUGCUAAUAAUGCCGGAGAACUAAACUGAAACUCCUGUAUAAUGCUGCACUUUAGCGGAGUGAUUUUACUGCUUAAAACCUUAAUGUCUGAAGAAUUCAUACAUAAGGGGCAUUGAUGAUUUUUGGGAAAAUUAAAGGAUUUUAAGUGCGCCUUAUAGUGCGAAAAAUAUGUAUAUGUAUAAAUAUAUCAUACAGUAACGGUUGUUUUUGUGAAUGGUGGAGUUCCACAAGGUUCAUUUGUAGGACCUAUGAAUUUUUAAAUAACUGAAGUGAAGUUUUAUACAGAAUCCACCAGGUUAAACACUAAACACAAACAAAUCUAAUGCUGUGGAAUGUUAGAUUAGAGGCUAAAAUGUUUUAAAUUUCGAUUUCGAUUAAUAUUUUUGAGCAUACAUUAAAUGUUCUGAGGUUAUCAAAUGUUCUGGUGGACCACCACAGUUUGGGAACUACUGCUCUAGCAUAUCAAAAAUCAGUUUGUGCUAUCUCUGCACGUGCUCAAAACAGCUGCUCAAGAUUUUCCAAUAUCUUUUUUCAGAAAUGUCAGCUAUUUGAUUUUUAAAACAUGUCCUGGUAUUUUAAAUCCUGGUACUUUUGCUGGUGGACUUUUGCUGCUGCUUCACUGUCUCACUCUCCCACCUCUGCCCUCAGACUGCUGAUUCAGAUCCUUAUUAGCAGCAGACGUCACCUCAGAGGUCCAGCUUCAGUCUGGUGGGAACUGUGAAGAAAAGAAGCUCCAUUUCCUCAGUCCCCUAUUUAAUUAGAGCAGUGAUACUCAAACUGUGGUACGGGUAAUACUGGUGGAACUCAAAGCAUCUCAGGGUCCUACAGUAACUAAAUUAACUCAGAAUACAAUUCAGCUUUUAUUAAAAUAUUAAGGAAUGUAGUGUAUUAAGUCUCCUGUAUCUGUAAUUUUCCUAACAUUACAUUAGUUAGUGUUUAGUGCUUCAGUUCUUCAUUCUCAAAACUGCAGUUUUAUCAUUACUAACAUCAGUUUCAUUGGUCCUAGAGUAAAACCCUGUGGAACUCCACAAGAUCUGCUCUAUCAAUCAACAGUCACCAGCUGUUCACUACAGUUUCUGCACUACAGUUAAUAGAUAAAUAAGGUAGUAAACACUGUAGUUCACUGAUUGGCUCUCUUGUUCUUUAUUUUUCUCUGUUUAAAUCCUGAUUCUGAGAUUCUCAGUAGGAUAAAAUACUGUAUUAACCAGAAACAAUAAUCAAUCGAACUAGUUACCAUAAUAUUAAAUUACAGAGAGCGGGAAAACUCCACACAACAGAAGAGUGAAGAACAAUUGGCCAAAGAUAUGACUGCAUGUGUGUGUAUAUGUGUAAAUGACACAUCUGUAAUUACUGUGUAUAAAUGAAAUUAAAGCAUGUGUGUGAUCGCUACAUGUGUUCCAGUUAAAUGGAUUAGUAGGUGGAUCUUGGUAGACGCUGUAGAGUUUUAGUUUGGUCGUUGGUGGUACACUGUCUGAAAAGUUUAAGUGCGCCAUAAUCAAUUCUACAGUGUAAAAUUAGAGAUUGCAAUCAAACGGCUCUAAAAACAUUCCAGCUGGUGUCUAAUAUCAUUUUAUCAACAUUAUAAAUAAAAAAAAAAUUACUGCUGAAAGGCACUCAACACAGUUCUUUGAAACCGUCUUGCUCCCCACUGAUGUAGUGUUCUGAUGUACAAUUCUCAUUGCUGAAUUAUUUCUUUGAAUCCAAGUCUAAAGUCAUGUUGUUUUCUUGAGUUAUUGUGGUUAUUUUAAUGUUGCUUUAAUUAUCAGGUUGAUUUUUUUUGGGUCUGAAUGUUUUCAUUGAAUCAUUGUUUUUUUUAGAUAAUUAAAAAAUUGCGUGUGAAAUGGAAA